UGUGUUGUGUACUAACACUUUUUGGUUAAUUAGCUAGCUCUAUGCAACGGUUUUGAAAACGUGUGCGCUAGCUUGUACUGUGUAGCUAGAUAGCACGCUUGUUGACAUGUUCGCGCUAAGACUGAGCGUCAGUAAAACAAAGGCCCCAGUCGAUCGGAUCAAAAUGAUUAUCCCGGUCCGGUGCUUCACCUGCGGGAAAAUCGUUGGGAAUAAAUGGGAGGCGUACCUUGGCCUCCUUCAAGCUGAAUACACUGAAGGUGAUGCCCUUGAUGCUCUUGGUCUGAAGAGGUAUUGCUGUCGGAGGAUGCUGCUGGCUCAUGUAGACCUCAUUGAGAAGUUGCUGAAUUAUGCACCCCUGGAGAAAUGAUGGAUACAACCACAUACAAGCAUCAUAUGGCUUAUUUAUGGACAAGCCCUGGCUGACUGCCAGUGAGGCAGUGCACCCUGAUGGAUUGACAUCCAAGAGACUAUUUUCACACCUUGUUUGAAUCGUAAAUGUUUUGUUGAAUAAAGCAAUAAAUACUACUCACUUAUAA